AUGAACGUCCUCCCGAUCCGGCGGCCCCUGGGCUGCCUCAAGACCGUCCUCCGCCAGACGCGGCACGUCCGCCAGAUCCAGCGCACCUUUGCCUCCGAGGCCUCGUCCCAGCAGCCCCCGACCUCGUCUACACCAUCUACGACGUCCCAAUUCCGUCUUCAUAAACCCAAGACUCACAAACCCACCCCCUUCGCCGCCCGCCCCGACCGCGCCAAGGUCGGCGACGUCCUCAUGGUCACCACCCACCGCGGCGAGCCCUUUGCCGGCGCCCUCAUCCAGAUUCGCCGCCGCGGCGUCGACACCGCCAUCCAGCUCCGCGGCAACCUCAUGAACACGGGCGUCGAAAUGCGGCCCAAGCGCGCUCGACGUGCUCGUCUCACCUACCUCCGGAAGAAGAAGCACGACAUGGGCAGCGUCGAUCAUCUCGUGUGGGCUUGGAAGAGGGAGAGGAGCCAGCUCCGCUCCUCGAACAGGGGCAAGCAUCUCGGUACUGUCUUCGAGAGCCAGUAA